AUGUUCAACCUUGCCCGCAGCCGCGUUGCGGCGUCCGCCAUGCGGUCAGCCAAGACCCAGCUCGCUCCCAGAUUCCCCAGUGCUGUCCAGCAACAACGGAGAAACCUGAGCAUCCACGAGUACCUCUCCGCCGACCUCCUCCGCCAGUAUGGCAUCGGUGUCCCCAAGGGCAAGAAUGCCUCCUCCGCCGCCGAGGCUGAGGAGAUCGCCAAGGAGAUUGGCAACGAUGACAUGGUCAUCAAGGCCCAGGUUCUUGCCGGUGGCCGUGGAAAGGGUACCUUUGACAACGGCCUGAAGGGCGGUGUCCGUGUCAUCUACUCCCCCACCGAGGCCAAGAUGUUUGCCGAGCAGAUGAUCGGCCACAAGCUCAUCACCAAGCAGACUGGCGCCCAGGGCCGCCUCUGCAACUCCGUCUACAUCUGCGAGCGCAAGUUCGCCCGCCGCGAGUUCUACCUCGCCAUCCUCAUGGACCGUGCCUCACAGGGCCCCGUUAUCGUGUCCUCUUCCCAGGGUGGUAUGGACAUUGAGGGCGUCGCCAAGGAGAAUCCCGAUGCCAUCACCACCACCUACAUUAACAUCAAGACCGGUGUCACCGACGAGAUUGCCCGCGACGUCGCCACCAAGCUCGGCUUCAGCGAGCAGUGCAUCGAGGAGGCCAAGGACACCAUCCAGAAGCUCUACAAGAUCUUCCUCGAGAAGGACGCCACCCAGAUCGAGAUCAACCCCCUCUCUGAGACCUCGGACCACCAGGUUCUCUGCAUGGACGCCAAGUUCGGCUUCGACGACAACGCCGACUACCGCCAGAAGGAGGUCUUCCAGUGGCGCGACACUACCCAGGAGGAUGCCGAGGAGGUCCGCGCUGCCGAGUCUGGCCUCAACUUCAUCAAGCUCGACGGUGACAUUGGCUGCCUUGUCAACGGCGCCGGUCUUGCCAUGGCCACCAUGGAUAUCAUCAAGCUUAACGGCGGCCAGCCCGCCAACUUCCUUGACGUCGGUGGUGGUGCCACCCCUGCUGCCAUCAAGGAGGCUUUUGAGCUCAUCACCAGCGACCCCAAGGUCACUGCCAUCUUUGUCAACAUCUUCGGCGGUAUUGUCCGCUGCGACGCCAUUGCCCACGGUCUCAUCAACACCGUCAAGGACCUCAACCUCAAGAUCCCCAUCAUUGCCCGGUUGCAGGGAACCAACAUGGAGCAGGCCCACGCUCUGAUCAACGACUCUGGCAUGAAGAUCUUCUCCAUUGACGACCUCCAGAGCGCCGCCGAGAAGUCUGUACAGCUGUCCAAGGUUGUCAAAAUGGCCCGCGACAUUGAUGUCGGUGUUGAGUUCACCCUUGGCAUCUAA